UUGCGCUGUAAUCUAGUGACGUAGUUCCGGUUAACUGUCAAACUUGUGGGCUUCAUGUCAGUCGACGGGACAGGCUUGGACCAAAAACCAGCGGCCGGCAGCUUAUUUUAUCGGCAGUCCAAGGUUGACAAGAGAAAUGUCUUUUAUAUUUGAUUGGAUCUACCGUGGCUUCAGCAGUGUCUUGCAACUAUUAGGGUUGUACAAGAAGACGGGCAAGCUAGUGUUCCUGGGUCUGGACAAUGCUGGAAAGACAACGCUCCUGCACAUGCUCAGAGAUGACCGGCUCGGACAGCAUGUGCCAACGCUACAUCCAACAUCUGAGGAAUUGUCCAUAGCUGGAAUGACCUUUACGACAUUUGACCUUGGAGGUCACACACAAGCACGGAGGAUCUGGAAGAACUACCUCCCAGCCAUAAACGGUAUCGUCUACAUGGUGGACUGUGCUGAUCAUGAGCGACUAGCAGAGGCUAAAGUUGAACUUGAUGCCCUGCUAACAGAUGAUACCAUCUCAAACGUGCCAGUUCUCAUCCUGGGAAAUAAGAUAGACCGCCCUGAGGCCAUCAGUGAAGAUGCACUCAGAGGAAUGUUUGGUCUUCAUGGACAUACAACUGGAAAGGGCAACGUGUCACUGAAGGAGCUGAAUUUGAGGCCAAUGGAGGUUUUCAUGUGCAGCGUGCUGAAGAGACAAGGAUAUGGAGACGGUUUCCGCUGGCUCUCCCAGUAUAUUGACUGAUCUGAGCACACAGAGACAAGUUCCACACAAAACUACCUGCUGUUGAGAUAUAUUUGAUCACACAUGCUGUAUACAGGACUAUUUAGUGGUAGUAGUUAGAAGGUUUUACAAGAAGUGUUUUGUGUUACACUGUGUUCUGCAUCAAAGAUGGAGUUAUGAAAUCAAAGAUUGAGUUAUGAAAGUAUCAGUUUAUUCAACUCAGUUUGAAAGAAGAAUAAUCUUCAUGCUGUAGUUUCUACAUUAACUUGAAGCCCUUUGGAGAAUUCAGUCUGCCAUAUAGAACAUUCAUCGCUGUGAACCAGUUUCUGACCCCAGGUUUAUUUUUAGCUGCUGGUGUAGACUUUCAGUGAAGGUCAGUUUGGUUCUCAUUCUGUGCUUGGAGUUCCUCUUCCUUGAUUGAGGAUUAUGUGUUGGCACAGAUAAAACAUUACAUCUUAUUACAUGCUAUUUCUCUCCAGCUAAUGGGGAUCCCAUUGUAGCAUCUUUUUGUUUCUUCAAACUUCUGAAUAAUGUUUUUGGAAAGUGCUGCAGAGAGUUGGUGCCAAUUACAUGAAUGUGACCACAAGUGCAUUAACUGACAUUUUGCUGUAGGGAGUUGUAUUUAAGCACAAACUAGUGUUACAUUAUUGCAGUGAAUGUUAACUGUAUAAGCACAGCUAUAGGUGGUGUAAAAAAAACUUGUCCAGAGUGAGAAUGCCAAACUCCUCGUUUUUUUUAAAUGGUUAAUUGCUGUGAGAUAACUUGAGUACUUUGUGAUUAGUAUAGCUGCUCAAAGGUGCAGUGAUAUUAUGAGAGUACUCUGGUGGUACUUAAAUGUAUGGCAAUAAAAAACAUAGAUUAACCUCUUACAAUCUUUUUGUAUAUAAGCUCUUAUUUAUAUUUUGCAAUAAAAAAAAUUGGUUUGCCUUAUGUAAUAUCAAGCAUUAUGCUCUGAAGAGAUAUAUCUGUUACAAAAGGUUGGUCAUGUUGUUAUAAAACGUGUGAAGUUUGAGCGAAAUAAAUAUUUUUGACAAUCCUUUAAA